AGGCUGCUACAGUAUAGUAUAGUAUAGAGUGUAGAGUGCAGCUGGCACCCCUUUUAGGCUUUUGGACACCUCCUUUUUAUUUACAUCAGAAAUCAGACUGCACCAUUUUUACACAAAAUCACACUCCACCUCUUUCUCUCUUCUAAUCAUUUACCUUGUAUCCAUGGCAGCUCCUCCUCCUUCUUCUUCCUCUCUCUCUUCCGAGGAAGAGGUGAAGCUUCAUCCCUACCAGAAGAGAGGACCCAAGGGAGCUUACGAGGCAAAACAGGUAACCGGGUCGUGGAACGGCGGUAAGAAGAAAAGCUGUCGUGGUUUGUACGUUAGGGUGGAUAUGCCUGGUGUUCCUGACGACGGCGUUAAGAUUUCAAAGUACUCUGACACCCGCACCGUCACCUUCACCGGAAAAGCACCAGUUGUGUGGGCCCACAUCGAUUCAUCUGAUAGGGUGUAUGCUGGGUAUGUAGUCCUUGAUAGAGACCCAGCCAUGGUAGAUGUGGAGUGUCGGGUUAAGAAUGGUAGCCUCCAUUUGUUCUUCCCUUGCUCCGAUGGCUCCCUUCAUUUUCUCUCUCCUAACAAUUCUUCCAUCCCUCCUCAACAAGAAUAUGAUGAUGAUACUGUGGAAUUAAUUGAGAUAGGGGAGCUCUUUAUAACCCACAUUGAACAUGCUCCUGAGGAACCUUCUGGGAUAAAAUUGAGGGGAGGAAGACCAGAGCACAUCAACCCGUAUCUUCUAAGCGGGGUUAGAGGAGUGUAUGAACACAAGAUAGUUAGUAUUGGCCACACUCAACAUCUUAUUUAUGUGCGAUUAGAUGUUCCAAUGACAAACUACAAAUUGUUUUGCCUGACUGAGAAUGCGGAUAGGCGCAUCACCUUCGCCGUUGAUGCUGCUGAGAAGGACUCGACGUUCGAUGAGGGUCUACGAGGUUACAUUGGUUCAUUGGUUACUAAAUGUGAAUGCUGCCAGUAUGAGAUUGUUAAGUAUGAUAUUACAGAUGGUGUCAUUCGUUUUUUAGCUAGCAAGAGUUCUUCUGUUGACCUGCGUUCCAACAUUUAUUGCUACGAACCUCCUUCUAGACCCGGUCAACCCCCCAAGCGUAAAGCUUUUGGUAACCUCAGAGUCAGCUUCGAGAAGCCUCGGCGUUGAUGCUAGUACUCUACCAGAGUAUUGGUGUUGGUUGCUGUGACUACUUUCCAGUUGAUAUGAUUUGGAUCAGUAUCUUAGCUAGUGAGCUUGCAUUAUGAUCAUGACACUUAUUCGUAUGUUUUAUGUGCUUAUUUGAAUUUUGUAAUAUGCAAGCAUGUACAAGGGGAUCUUGUUUCUAGGUUAGCUUGAACUCGAUGUUGAAACCUAAAUUUAGUAGCGGGUAUGUUUAAAACUGAGUUUGUUUUAAAACACUA